CUGAACGACGUCAACUAUGCCCAAUGGGCGGAGAUGCGGGCCUACUUGGCUGAGAACAAGCUCUGGUUCCUAGUCAUCCGAACCAUCAAGGAGCCGAGUGCAGGGGACCCGGAGCACAUCACCUACCUCGAGAAGUCGGCUCAGGCCGCUGGGGCCAUGUUCCUUGCUGUGGAUGCGUCCCAGCAUGUUCAUUUUACCGGGAUCGAGUUGGAUGCACCUCUGAUCUGGGCCAAGCUCCAAUCCGUCCACCUUCAGAAGGUUUCUGGGGCGCAUUACAACGCUCUGGAUGCUGUUUUCGCCGUCAGAAAGCAGCCUGACGAGUCACUGCCUUCCCUGGCCUCCAGGGUGGACACCCUCGUUCAGACCUUCAAGGACUUGUGCCCGGACAGCUACACGCUCGAGCAGCUGCUCGCAGAUCUAGCUGCCAUGUCCAUGCUUCGAUCCCUGCCCCAGGAGUAUGACUCCUUCACUUCAGGUCUCAUUCAGCGGGAUGCCACCAAGUCUGAGAUUGUUCAAGCUCUCGUGCAGGAGCACCAGACGCGG